UGUCGCUUGUUGCCUCGUUCAGAGAGGCUCGGUGCUGCAGCUCUGCCAUUGGUGGACCAGCUUGUUUUCCUGCUAUAUAGCUGUAGUAACAGCAGCUCUCAGUACAGGAGGACCUCUACACAGCAGUCAUGUACCUGUAUCUCCUGGGCCUGGUGGUGUUCUACUACCUGUACCGCUGGAUCAGGGAGUUACCCAGAGUCCCUGAUAAGGGCAACAAGUAUGUGUACAUCACAGGCUGCGACUCUGGCUUUGGCAACCUCCUGGCCCGCCAUCUGGACAAGAAGGGGUUCAGAGUGAUUGCUGGGUGUUUCACUGAGAAGGGAGAAGAGGAUCUGAAGAAGUCCUGCUCCAGCAACCUGAUCGCAACACACCUGGAUGUUAGGUCGAAGGACAGCGUCGCCAAAGUUGCAGCAAUGAUCAAGGACAAAGUGGGGGAGCGAGGCUUAUGGGCUGUGGUGAACAACGCAGGCGUGUCCGUCCCCAGUGCCCCGAAUGACUGGCUGACCAUUGAUGACUUCAAGUACAUGCUGGACAUCAACCUGAAUGGGGUGAUCGCAGUGACCAUUAGCGUCCUGCCGCUAAUCAAGAAGGCCAGGGGAAGGGUGGUCAAUGUAGCCAGUGUGUUCGGGAGGAUCAGUCCCACAGGAGGCCCGUACACUAUCUCUAAGUACGGUGUGGAAGCGUUCAAUGACAGCCUCAGGUUAAAUAUGACACCUUUUGGUGUCAAAGUCCUCUGCAUCGAGCCAGGCUUCUUCAAAACAAACGUGACUGACACUGCUAUCCUGAGCAAUAACCUGAAGGUGCUGUGGGACAAACUCCCCCAGGACGUCAGAGAUGACUAUGGGCCUGAUUAUUUACAAAAAGGACUUGCGUUAGUUUCAGACAGAGUUGCCAAGAUAAGUGAUGGAGAUCUGAUGAAGGUGGUCAGCUGUAUGGAGCACGCCAUAUCUGCUGUCCGGCCCCGCACCCGCUACUCUCCGGGCUGGGACGCCAAGUUUUUCUGGCUGCCACUGUCAUACAUGCCAACCUGUGUCUCUGAUUACAUCCUGAACAAAGAAGCCAUUCCUAUUGCCAAGCAAGUGCAAUAAACCGUGCUUUAUUGUAUCCACAUCUGGACUUUUUACGCAAUUUAACAAUAUAAAUCUACCAGUCCACUGAUGUCUUUGUCAUUCCUGAUUAAAGUCUCCUUCCUAUCUACGUUUGUGUUUCCAACAUUUGGCAGGUGGUAUAAACAACACAAUUUAAUGCAA